AUGGAGUGCCCAAUUCUACCCGCCGAAGUGUGUCUUCCCAUCACUGAGGAGCUUGUCAGAGAAUGUGCCGUAACUGCCAUUCAUGAGCUUUUGCAGGGUCGUAGCCCGCAAGCACUGGAUUCAGAGUUGAAUCUUUCACUGGGUGUGUGGGCUCGUUACAUCUCUGUUGACGGAAUUCGCUAUGUCGAGUCUCUUUCCAACACGGGGAACUCUCAGAGCGUCCUGCUUCUUGGCGCUGAGAAGACAUCAGCUCCCGAGCUCCUCUAUGUCUUGGAAGAUCACUUGGGUAUCAGACAAGUGGUAUUUGCCAGCUACGAGCACGCGAUCAAAGUAUCAGCUCUCCUCUGCAAACCAAAGACAGAUGCCUGGUGGCGGACCAUCCCCAUCACCGGCAAGAAGCUCAUUAUCAAGUCUGAUGGCAUCAAAUUACGAUCCGUUGCCUCAAAGUCAACCCGCAACUCUCCAGACUCGACAACUGUUGCGUGGCCUACGCCCAUGGCCCCGUUCCAAGAGCCCAUGUUUACGAUUUGGGCCAAGAUUCUGAUCAACAAGCCGAUCAUGGACAUGUCUCGUACCCACCUCCGGACGGUGUCGUUGGAUUUUAACGACCAGGCUGUAACCGGAUACUCGAUCUGCUGGAUAGGCGGCGUUGUGGGCAUCUACGCACAUUACGGGAUGGAGAAGUCCACCGUCUACGAUAUCUUUAAUCAGUGCCACGAAAACCCCACCUGGAUAUAUAUGCCAGUUAGUCCUAGCGAGCGUAUCACCGGGAUCUGGACCAGGAGCGGGGACAACUCGUAUGAUGCCGGAAUCAUGUUCCAGAUAAAUCAGGAAAGACUGGUCGUGGUCGGACUUUGCGAAGAUUUCCAUGGUGAGCGUCUUGAUGAAGCCAAGCAUUGGGGAGAGCUGGCCAGCGUGAGUGAAAAACGCUUUCGGGUACACUACCAACUCUCGUACCGUGGAGUUGAAAAGCUCGUCGCCAAACCCCUGAGUGGCCUUGAGAAAUCCUUCUCUGGGAGGAUCAUGCCGCCCUGUCCCUCCCUGGAGUACGUUCCCUACACGCUCUGCCAUUACUCGGCCGUGAGCCUAGAAAACGUGGUGGAAAUCAUCCCCUGCAGGAGGGAGGAUAGGCCGUUCGCCACCCCCUACUGGGCCAUUACAUGCGUUCUCUUGUGCUACGCGAAUGGCAACCGAGCCUGCGCGGGUGAGUUUCGGGCGGACUGCGCGGGCGAAAGCAUGCGGGUUGACAACACGUCGAUGCUGCUGCUUGGCUUUUACCAGGAAAAGAAUGAAAAGGCCGGGCGAUGGCCGGCAGCUAUCGAAUCUGAGCCUAAGGAUGAUGACGGAUUUCUUGCCUGGAAAUCCCUCCGCUGCGAAGGCAAGCUUCAAUGGUGGCUUGACGAACUGGGUCGCUGUCAGAUAUUCCAUCGCAAAGGGGCAGGCCAGUUAUCACGGGUAUAG